AUGUUUGUCGAUCGCGCGGGUCUCAACGGUGCUGCACUUGGGGAAUGGUGGCAUUCCCUCACAGCCGCUUCACCUGGUGAAAUCGACGAAUUCGAACCGGACUCUGACCAGUUGAUCAUGGAUAUUGAAAUGGAGGAAAUGCACCCAAAACGCUCAUCAAGACGUGAACCCUUUCACUUCAAGAAUAACAGGUUGGUAAGUUUUAGAAAAUUAAAUUAA